AUUGUCUCGUACCCGUGACCAACACAACUUUCUAAAAGAGAGGCAGAAUACAAACAAAUAGUAUAAUUAAAUAAUUUUUAUUUUAAAGUUAAAUGCAUCACACUCUCAUAAUGAUAUUUUUUUUUCAAAACGGUAUAAUAUUAAUUUAUCACAAUCAUAUAUAUGUGUAACCCAAAAGAAAAUGAGGUGUUUUAAAAGCUAGCAGCAGAGAGCGUAUGAGAGGAGAGGAAGAAGGCGAGGCUGAAAGACGGAAAAAGAGGAAGAGCGCGGUUUCUUGUGGGUGGCACAAGAAGACUUCGUAGCUGUUAUUAAAAGAUUGGUGAAGCAUAAGACAUGGAACGGGAAGAAGAACUGCAUGAAGCCUUCUUGAGCUCAAGCCAUGAUGAUGAAUCAUCACACGUAACAGAAUCCCGUCUGGAAGAGGUGCUAUCGGACACCACCAUACCCUUCUCCAAGCGCAUCCUCUCGGCCACAUGGAUCGAAUUCAACCUCCUAUUUCCCCUUGCAGGACCUGCAAUCAUCGUUUAUGUCAUCAACAACCUCAUGUCCUUCGUCACUCGAGCCUUCGCCGGCCACCUCGGAAACCUCGAACUCGCUGCGGCCAAUCUCGGCAACAGUGGCAUUCAGCUCUUCGCCUAUGGCCUCAUGCUGGGUAUGGGAAGUGCUGUGGAAACUUUAUGUGGACAAGCGUACGGAGCAAAUAAGCAUGAGAUGCUAGGGGUAUACAUGCAGAGAGCAAUUAUUGUUUUAGUUGUGACUGGGAUUCCAUUAACGGUGGCGUAUAUCUUUUGCGAGCCUAUUCUUCUGUUGUUGGGUGAACCCCCUGAGCUUGCUUCAGUUGCGGCGGUGUUUGUGUACGGUUUGAUCCCGCAGAUCUUCGGUUACGCGGUGAACUUCCCCAUACAGAAGUUUCUGCAGGCGCAGAGUGUGGUGGCGCCAAGCACUUACAUCUCCGGGGCUACGUUGCUGCUCCAUGUUUUUCUGAGUUGGGCGGCAGUGUACUGGUUUGAUACUGGGCUGAUAGGGACCUCCUUGACACUGAGUUUGUCUUGGUGGAUCAUAGUAGUGGCCCAGUUUGUGUACAUAGUGCUUGCCCCUAGGUUCAAGCGGACUUGGACUGGACUUAGCAUUGAGGCCUUGUCUGGGCUUGGGGCUUUUGUGAAGCUCUCGGCUGCGUCCGCGGUUAUGUUGUGUUUGGAGACAUGGUAUUUUCAGGUGCUCGUGCUCAUUACUGGCUUGCUUGACAAUCCCCAGCUUUCUCUUGAUUCCAUCUCUGUUUGCAUGUCAAUAUCAGGGUUGCUGUUCAACAUAGGAAUUGGAUUUAAUGCAGCCAUAAGUGUGAGGGUAGGUAACGAGUUAGGGGCUGGGCAUCCAAAGUCUGCAGCAUUCUCAGUUAUUAUGGUGAAUAUGGUGUCAUUCAUUAUUAGUGUGAUAGAAGCUGUGGUAGUCCUUGCUCUUCGUCGGGUUUUAAGUUACGCUUUCACAGAUGGUGAAAUAGUGGCCAACGCUGUCUCAGACCUCUGUCCCUACUUGGCCGUUACUCUCAUUCUCAAUGGAGUUCAACCCGUCUUAUCUGGAGUGGCUGUUGGGUGCGGAUGGCAAGCCACUGUGGCCUAUAUCAAUGUGGGUUGUUAUUAUUUGAUUGGAAUUCCUUUGGGUUGCAUCUUGGGCUUCAAGUUCGGCCUAGGCGUGCAGGGAAUAUGGUCGGGAAUGAUCGGCGGAACAAUGUUGCAAACUCUCAUUUUAUUAUGGAUCACACUUCGAACUGAUUGGGAUAAAGAGGUAAAAAUAACGAAGGAACGAUUGGAGAAGUGGGAGAACCAGAAGAAACAGGCUAAAGUUGAGAGUUGAAAUGUUUCAUCUUGUAAAAGGAAAAAAAAAAAGUUGGUAAUAAAAGGUGUACUCAUAACUAUUUUUUUAGCAUAUUUAAUAAGACAAAUUGUACUUCCUUUGGAACUGUUGUUCAACUCCACUGCAUUUCAUGAUUUAAUUCAUUAAAAAAAUGUAGCCACAGUUGCUCUGUUGUGGGAUUUCUUUAACAUAGUCAUGAGCCUUUCAAUUCCUUCAA